AUGGAGGCGAUCGAGCAGCUCGGUGGCAUGUGGGAGGAGGCCGAGGCGGUCGCCGGCGCGGCCGAGGCGGCGCCGGUUGAGGCUAUCGCGGUGCUCCACAGCCGCGGCCUGAGCGACAGCUCGGCUGGCGUGCGCGGCGCGGCCAUCGAGUGGCUCGGCCGCAGCGGCAACGUCGGGAUGCUCUCGGACGCGCUCGACGACCCCGCCGUGCCCAACCGGAUGCGCACCGUGGCGCUGCUGGCGAGCCUUCAGCAGCCGCGGCGGCUCCUCCCCGCGCUGCGCGACGCAGAGCCGCGAGUGCGCUUGGCCGCCGUCCACGGUUGCGACAGGCUCGCCGACGAGAUCAUCCGAGGCGAGGCCGACGGCUCGGACUUGCGCGGCGAGGCGAUGGAGGCGCUCAUGGGCCUGCUCUCCGACUCGGACCGGCCCGUGCGCCACGCGGCCGCCGCCGCCUUGGGCCGGCUUGGCGACCGGCACUGGCAGGCUGCCUUCCCGCAGCGGGACGGCCCUCCCUCGUUUGAGGCGCUCUCCGAGUCCCCGCGGCCCGAGGUGCUCACCCUGCUGAUCGACCUGCUCACCGUCGCCCUCCCCGAGGACCGGCGGCUGGCGGCGCAGCUCCUCGGUCUCAACCGGCUAAACGCAACCUCGUGGACGCUGAGCGAGCGUGCCUGCGCUGGGCUGCGCGUCCUCGCGCGCGACCCCGACGCGACGGUCCGCGUGCAGGCCCUCCACUCCCUCGGCGAGGGGCGCGACGCGGGAUCGCUCGCGACGGUGAUUGGGUCUCUCGCGGACUCGUCGACCAAGGUUCGACACGCUGCGGCACUCGCCGCCGGUAAGAUUGGCGACCCGCGCGCCCAGCAGGUCCUCGUGCGGGUACUGACGCGCCGGGAGGACGUGACGGUGCAGGCGGCGGUCUGCGCGGCGCUCCACCGGCUCGAGUGCAGCGCCGGCUCCCUCGCCGCGCUGGUCGCCGCGCUGCUGCGCUCCUCGGGCGACGGGCUGGAGCCACUGCAGCGCGGUGCAGUCGCCGCCCUGUCGCGCUGGUCCGACCCGGCCGCGGUCCUCGCCGCCUUUCGGCAGGCGUCCUCCGUCCUCGGUCGCGCGACGACGCGGACGCCCGAUGUGCGUGCCGCGGCGUGCGAGGCCACCGCCGCCAUCGGCAAGAUUGCCCUCCCGAAGGCCGUCUCGCCCCUGGUGCCGAUGCUGCGCGACCCCGCGCCCGGCGUGGUGGACGAGGCACGAGGGGCCCUCCUCCGCCUCGACUGGAGCGGCCUGCUGCGGCCCGGGGAGGCGGUCCUCCUCUCGGGCCCGUGCCUGAGGCAGACCACCAGCCUCGUGGGGCACGUCUCGAUGCAGACCUCGAUGCUUGUCCUGUGCGACAGCGGCAGGCUCUUCUGCGUCGACGCCAAGGCGCGUGCGGCCGGCGAGCCGCUCGCCGACACGGAGGUGGAGCUCGACCAGCGCAGCAGCGCAGCCGCGCCGGGCGUGUUGGCGCUGGUGGGCGAGGGGCGGCCGCUGCCGGUGCAGCCAGUGCUGCAGAGGCCCGAGGAGUGGGAAGGGGACGACCUGCGCUUCGAGCUGUAG